AUGAUGGAGGGUUCUUUAAGUAAAUGGACAAAUGUGAUGAAGGGUUGGCAGUAUCGGUGGUUCGUGUUGGAUGAGAACGCUGGCCUGCUUUCUUAUUACACGUCUAAAGAGAAAAUGACACGGGGCGUGCGGCGUGGCUGCGUAAGACUGCGCGCGGCAGUCAUAGGCAUCGAUGAUGAAGACGACUCCACAUUCACCAUCACUGUGGACCAUAAGACGUUCCAUUUUCAGGCACGAGACGGUUCUGAGCGCGAGCGAUGGGUGCGCGCACUGGAAGACACUAUAUCAAGACAUGGCAGAAGGGAGCGGUGGUCACGCUGUAUGCCGGCGCCGAGACACCGCCACGGCGACCUGGAGAGGCGGAUAGCUGAGGCAGACGCCUAUCUACAGAUUAUGAUUGAACUAGUUAAUAAAAUGAACGUAAGGGUAUCAGAGUUAGCUGAUCCUCUGGAAAAGAGUAAAGGACAACUUAUCUUAGAGCAUUCCAAUGCCAUGUUGGACAACAUAAAACAUUCCAUAGUACUGCUCCAAAUAGCCAAGAAUACCGUCAAUCCUGUCAAUGGUAUAUACCAGGGCCCUACCAUUUCUUCACAAGCGCUUAUCAAACAAGACCCAGAACUGUCACCACAUGUGGAGAUGGGCGCGGAGUGUCGCGAGCUCAGCACGCCGACACAUCCUCUGCCACCAUUAGAAGAUUUAGAUGCACCCAGAGCAAUGUCUUUACUUGUUCCGGACACGUCAUAUUCGUCUUCCGAAGGAGAGGACGACUUCUACGAUGCGGACGACGAGCCUGCGCACACGCCGCAAGCGGGACCCAGCUAUUGUGCCUUGGAGAAGGGCAUUCCUUCUCCACUCCAAGGCACAACAGUCCUUACAUAUGCGGUGCUUAAAACUGAAGAUUGCUUAAGGCUUGAGGACCGAUGCUUCCUUCAGUCAUUCGCUGAUGUGAUCAAAAAGAUCAUGUUGCAUCAGUUUUCUUUUUCCAUUAAACAUGUCGAUGUAAAUCGUUCACAACAGCCUGUCGGGGAUGGUGGCUAA